AUGGUGCUCCUCACAUCAUCCACGGUCUCCGCCAUCGUGUCGAUGGGAGUAGUCUGUAUCUUUACUCUGUUAUUAUUUGUUUCGGGCUACGUGUUACAGCAAAACUCGGUGAAGAAUAUCCAACAUGCACUACGCAAGCCACCAGAAGGCCCUCCCAUUGUAGGGCGGAGUUCGCCUGGAUCGGCAUUCCAAAGGCCUGCCCACAAACGCGGUCUGUCAGACUCGGAUCUGGGGUUAGCGGGCGAUCAAGAAGUCCUUCAUGGGAGUGGGGAUCGUCCCUCAGCCUCAAAGGGAAACUAUGCAUAUCUCCAGCUAUUGUCAAGGCCUGACCCCUCCGAUAUCUGUUCCGCCGUUCUUUUCUUCAAACAACUCGCCACCAAUGGCUCCGUCAUACCAGAUCGCCUGUUUAUGUAUCCCGAGGAGUGGGAUCGCAUGUCUGCAAAGAGGCUUGGAAAGGCGGGUUCACUAGCCUUGUCCAUCUUACGCGCUGCCAGUAUCAAGUAUGGUAUCUGGCUGCUACCGAUCGAUAUCAGCGGCGCCGUACAUGCCGGAUACACAAUGUCUGACACGAAACUGCUGCGUCUGGGACAAAUCCAGUUCAUGCAGUAUGACAGCGUGCUGUACCUGCAAUCCCCAGGUUUGAUUCUCGACACAGAAAAGCUGGACCAGGUCCUCUUGUCACGGCCGCUUCCACUCUUACACGACUGGAAUCGCCAAGAGUCCUAUGACAACGAGGCAUGGACUCCAAUGUCUUUCCGUCCAGAUCGUGACGAGAACCUGCCACCUGUCUAUUUGAUCACGGUCAACAAUGUCGAUGGUGGACGAGUCCAGACCCGUACCCAUGUGCCUAAUCCUGAUCUCACUGGAUUUGGAAACCUUGUGACUGGGCCUGCAGACUUUGAUGCGACCGGCGAGCUGCCAGGCUAUGUAUAUUUUGAGAAUGACCGUGACGGCCAGGUCAAAUGGGCUGGAAACCCGCUAUUCGGAGCCUGGCGAUCACAGCAACAUGAAGUCUGCGAAGGAAUUGACUUUGACGAAGAUCCAUUAUGA